AUGGAUUAUCAGAAUAGAGCAGGUUCUAAGAAAGGUAGUGGUGGUAUUGCUUCUGAUUCACAACAAAAUUUACAGAGAAGAAAACAGGUGCAGGACUUACUCAGUAAUGGGCAGGAUAUACCGUUCUCUUUUCAGCAAGACCAGGAAGGGUCCAAAUUGCGAGCCAACCCAGACAUUUACAAAAACCACUCAGGAAGAUUGGUAUGCAAACUCUGUAAUACAUUGCACGUUUCAUGGUCCAGCGUAGAAAGACAUCUAACCGGUAAAAAACAUCAACUUAAUGUUUUGAAAAGAGGAGGACGUAAUGGACAAUUAAAGAGCAAUACGGACAAAGUACGAGACCGAAACUUCCAACAUGAGGUCGACAACUUCAGAGCUUCUCUACAGAAGAAUGGUAUAAAACCUGAAGUAAAGGUCGUAAAAGUCAGACACCCAGAGAAGGAAUUAUUUGGAAUAGCCGUAAAGGUCAGAUAUGGUAAAGAGCAGCAGAUACAUUCGGCAGAGAAGGAUGAAUUCAUUCCUUACCUUAGGAUAGUUUCAGAUUUUGAACUUGAUAAACCAGAUCCUAAAAACGUUAAAUAUCUAGUGGUCGCCUUUGAACCGUUUGAAAAUGUCGGAAUACAAAUACCCAGCGAUGAGAUAGAACUUAAUGAUUAUGACCCUUCGGACUCCCUUGCACUAGAUGAGUUGAACAGAAAAUGUACUUAUUGGGAUCAAGAUAAUGGUGAUUUUUACGUUCAGUUAUUUUUCCGUCAUAACUGA